AUGACGUCUUAUUGGUAUCAGUUGCUAGCAUUAUUCAUUACAGCAUAUCCUUUAAGUAAUGGAAAAGCUACAGACAACGUUACAACAAUAUCGCCCCUCUCGGAUCUGUCACCGAUUUCUCCGUGCUCACCGGUUGGACCUGGUGAUGUGGAAUUUCACACGGUGGACUUAAUAGCGGUUUAUCAACUAGACCGGCCAAAUACUACUGGAGUCACACUGGUGCAGGGUUCUCAGGAUCUGCAAAGAGCUUAUAGAAUCGGUGACGGAACUAAUCUUAGUUUACCACCAGAAAAGGUUUUACCAUUUGGGUGGCCAGAGCACUUCAAUGUGAUCGGGACAUUUAACGCGCAUGGAUUGCAAAGACCUUGGAGUUUGAUACGAGCACGAUCUCGAAACCUUAUCUUCUCCAUAACCUUGUUGCCUAACGUAAAGAAGCUCACGGUGUACGUACAGACAUCUCGAGUUGUCUUUGAUUGUCCUGAGCUUUUCGCUCCCGGAUGGCAUAAAAUACAUGCAGCUGUAACCGAUGACACUGUAUACGUAGCAAUUGAUUGCAAAGAGUUAAUGCCAGAAAAAGUCAGAAAACAUGACUUCGGUAAUGCAACCACGUUGUCGAUAGUGUCUAAUGACGAUGGUACCCCGUCUCCGAUUGAUCUCCAAUGGUUAUCUCUAAGCUGCAAUCGUUACAAUCUUACAAAGGACAGUUGCGAAGAAAUUGAUUUAUCUGAACCAUUGAUCGCGACUGCGCCUUCACCGUUAAUAUCUCCUGAUUCGUCACCUAACGGUAACGGUAACGGUAACGGAUUAUUUCCAAUAGUGACACCGGUUUGUAACGCUACUUGUCCACCGGGACCCGAAGGCCCACCAGGUCGGAAAGGUGAACAAGGCUCCAGAGGAUAUACAGGACUGCCGGGAAUACGUGGUGUUGAAGGUCCACCUGGGCCUGCUGGAAUAACUGGCCCCAAAGGCGAUAAGGGAGAGCCAGGUCCCCCCGGAAAUACAGUUAAUGGAACUAUUGGGCCAGGCCAACCAGGAGAGCCAGGGCCACAAGGUCCAAAAGGUGAAAAAGGUGAUCCUGGACAAAAAGGUGAGCCUGGUGAGGCCGGUCUCGUUGGAUUAGCAGGAUUUCCAGGAGUGGAUGGUAAAGAUGGUUAUCGUGGACCACCAGGCCCGGUCGGACCUCGUGGUGAGCCUGGAAUUCAAGGUCCACCCGGUCCCCCUGCUAAUAUAAAUGCUUCGCUUAUAUAUGGUGCUAAGGGCGAUAGAGGCUCUCCUGGUAGACCGGGGCGAGAUGGUGACAUGGGUCCUAGAGGUCCACCAGGCUUGGAUGGUGUAUCAGGUCCACCGGGUCCACAAGGUCCACCAGGACCGCCAGGUCCACCUGGGGAUAGAGGCCUACCAGGAUUACAGGGAAAUACGGGCGAAUUAGGUCCUGUAGGACCACAGGGCCCUGAAGGCCCACGGGGCUUACCAGGCCCACCUGGACCUCCAGGUGCAGUGGCUGCCACACCUGAAGUUGCCGCUAUUCCGGGACCACCUGGUCUACCUGGGGAAAGAGGACAAAAGGGUAAUCCGGGGUUACCUGGUAUGCCGGGAAGGGACGGACAAGACGGCGUACCUGGAUCGCCUGGACAAAGAGGCCUACCUGGUCUACCUGCGUCUAGCAGUGUGAUUGCUCAGCCAGUCUCACUCACUGAAACAGAAGUUAGAAAUAUCUGUGAAGAUUUGAUCAGAGUUCGGUUAAGUGAAUUAGUGGAGACAUUAAAGCUUCCACCUGCACCAGUAAGCUUUGUAAGACGAGGGCCACCCGGAAAACCCGGACCUGCCGGAUCACCAGGGUCACCUGGAGAACCGGGUGUACAAGGGCCUCGGGGGUAUCCAGGGGAAACUGGCGAACCUGGCAGGCCGGGCAGUCCAGGUCCGAAUGGAGAUAAAGGCGAUAAAGGAGAAAGAGGACGGGAGGGAUUGGGAGUUCCCGGACCGGAAGGACAAAGAGGGGUUCAAGGUCCUAUUGGUCCCCCUGGGCCCGACGGCAGAACCGGAGAACGAGGUGAUCCUGGCUAUCCAGGUUCAAUUGGCCCUCGAGGUGUUCCUGGUCCCAGAGGAACUUGCGAUUGUCCUGUGGCUGCGUAUUAUGCUUAUUCACCUGUUGGCAAUUUUAAGGGUCCAUAG